AUGCCCCUCUCACGCUUCCUCACUGCAUGGCUGACCGCAGAUGCGGUCAUCAACAUCGGCGCGGGUGUGUUCUACCUCGCCUCGCCUGGGCUCUUCUUUGAUGGUAUUGGUGGCCCCCCUGCGCCACAGCAUCCCAACGUUCUCUGGACGACGCGCACGCUCGCAGCAUACAUGGUCACGGCUGGCGGAGCAAUGGCGCUCGCUGCGAGGUGUGCCCGUCUCACCGUACCACUUUCUUCUCCUCAAUAG